GCCUGGAGAGCGGCCGGCGGGAGGCGGCGGAGGGUUUCGGGGUUCGGACCAGAGCGGCCGGAUGGUGAAAUCCUCCCUGCAGCGGAUACUCAACAGUCACUGCUUCGCUAGAGAGAAAGAGGGGAAUAAAAGCACCAUCAUGCCCGCUGUGCUGAGCCUCAGUACCGGACAGAGCAGUUCCAGGGUUCCCUUCAAUUGCUGUAGUAACCUGGGUCCGGGGCCUCGGUGGUGCUCCGAUGUCCCUCACCCACCCCUGAAGAUCCCAGGUGGGCGAGGGAAUAGUCAGAGGGAUCACAAUCUUUCAGCUAAUUUAUUUUACUCGGAUAAUCGGCUGAAUGUAACAGAGGAACUCACAUCCAACAGCAGGACCAGAGUCCUGCACGUCCAGUCCAGGCUCACAGAUGCCAAACACAUCAGCUGGAGAGCAGUGCUGAACAACAACAACCUCUACAUCGAAAUCCCCAGUGGUGCUCUGCCUGAAGGGAGCAAGGACAGCUUUGCAGUUCUUCUGGAGUUUGCUGAGGAGCAGCUCCGAGUCGAGCACGUCUUCAUUUGUUUCCACAAGAACAGGGAUGACAGAGCUGCAUUGCUCCGGACUUUCAGCUUUUUGGGCUUUGAGAUUGUGAGACCAGGGCAUCCCCUUGUCCCCAAGAGACCAGAUGCUUGCUUCAUGGCCUACACGUUUGAGAGGGACUCAGCAGAAGAAGACUGAACUGCAAUGUUUGCCUCUCUAGAGCUUUCUUGGUGUCUUAUCAAAGAGUUUGUCAACAUCCACCCCAGUCUCUAGCUUCACUCUAUCAAACCCUUCUGCCCCAGCUGCUCUGCUGAUGAGGUGUUGAAAAAGUUCACUUUCCACAUCUUUAGUUUCCCCUUUUCUGCCCUCCCUUGCCCCCUGCCUCCCUUUCUGCCCUCCCUUGCCCCCUGCCUCCCUUUCUGCCCUCCCUUGCCCCCUGCCUCCCUUUCUGCCCUCCCUUGCCCCCUGCCUCCCUUUCUGCCCUCCCUUGCCCCCUUUCUGCCCUCCCUUGCCCCC